CAGUGCUACAAAUCUUCAACUUUGAAAAGAGCGACGUUGGAAGCUAUCACGCAGCUCUCAAUUCAAAUGAAAUAUCAGCACCAGCUCAGCUCAGUUUGCAAAUACCACCUGCUAUAGAGAUUCGAGAAGGAUUCGAAGAUAAAGCUGUCUUGAAGGCUCACACCGAUCUCGACUUUCAAGUCUUCGUUACUGGAGAGCCAUCCCCAACCGUCAGCAUUCUACACAACCAUUCACAAAUAAAAGAUCGAGCUCUUGUAAAAGUAGACGACGACGUUACCAAAAUUCGCAUGAAAAAUUUGACCCUUGCUGAUUCUGGAUUUAUCGAAAUAUCUGCUGAGAAUGCUUGUGGAACAUCUCACAAAGACUUCGAACUUUGUGUUGUUGAUGUUCCAUCAGCACCUCUUGAGCUUUCCAGCAGUAAUACGACUUCAACCUCUACCAUGUUGACAUGGCUAGCUCCUAAAGACACCAAUGGCUCACCCAUAACGGGAUAUGCAAUCCAGCGCAGAACUCUGGACAAUCCGAGAUGGCGAACAGUUGGAAAAACGAACGAGACGACCCUUACAUUCGAAGCCAACGAGCUUUUCUCAAGUGAAGAUUAUGAAUUUAGAGUUAUCGCUGUCAAUAGCGUUGGAGAAGGACCGGCCAGCACACACAUCGAAAUCACAACGUUGAAUGAAGAUGAGGAACAGGAGGAAAAGAUUGAAAUUCCAACUGAGACGGCGCUUUUGGAAACUCCAUCCACACCAAUUGUUAGCGUGGACGACGGCAAAGCGGCUUUGAGUUGGGAUACUGUAGACGGAGCAUCGUUUUAUAAAAUCGAACGCUGUAAAGAAGGCGAAGACUGGCUUGAAAUUGCUAUAGUAACUAGAGCUGACUACGCGGACCGUUCAAUAAUGGACGAUGGUGUAUAUAGCUAUCGAAUUACGGCAAAAGGACUGAACUCGUCUUCAGAACCGAGUAGUAGCUCGACUCCGUUGGUCUUCGAGGGAAAGAAGGAUAAAGAUACUCCCACUCGAAAAACUGUAGAAGACAAACGUUCAAAAGAGUCAAAGAGUCAGCAAGAAGAUGUACUGACUAAAACUGAGGACAAAAUCGAGGAAAAGGCCGACCAGGAAAAAGAAGAAGCUGCUAGCAAACCUAUAAAAACGAGGCACGCCAGUCCUGUAGAUGCGAUUUUGGACACCAGACAGAGACUGAAAAAGCGAAAACCAGUAGAAGUUGAGCGUAGGGCUUCGAUUCAGCAGGAGAACACAGAUGCCAAACAGCAGGAGCAGUCAGAAAUUGCGCCAGCCAAGAAGGAUGAAGAGAAAGACGUUGUUAUCAGCGCUGCUGGUACAGCCGAAACGUCAAAACCCCCGAAAUCCGGCAAAGAAACUGAAGAAACUUUGGUAGCGGAUUCCACGAGAAAACGAGGUGCUCCUAUCCUCAAGCCUAUAUCCGACGUAGUGACCGUGAAAAUUGGCGAACUCGCUAAGUUAUCUGUCAACGUUGAAGGAUCCACUGAUAUUCAUUGUCUGUGGAAGAAGGAUGGCAAAACAAUAAUG